ACUCAUGUGUGUCACAUUAAGAGCAGCCCUUCUGCAACAGCUCAAGGAGCACUUCUAGUUGGUUUUUUUUUUUUUUUUUUGGCAGCCUGUGUGUUGCCUCUAAGAAAACACUGGGUUACACCACCAUUUGCUGGUGCCCAAAUUACACAGUCCCUAAAAAAUAGUAGUCACACUCAUCAAUACUGCUCCCAAUAACAAUAAUGAUUCAUCCACUCCCAAUAAUUAAAUUUUUCAGUAAAGUACACAAUCAGUGCAUUGAUAUUUAUGGGAAAUGCAUGGAAACACAACCCCAAAUAGAAAACAAAACAAAACAGGUAAUUUUCUGGUACAAAAAAUUCUGCUCCUGAAAAUGAAAUAAACCAGACACAAGAGUGGCAGGGCUCACUCCCUGCCAAAGCUAUAUAAAUUUUUAAUUCCAAUAUGCAUUGACUUGUAUACAAGUCCCCACGACACUGCAAUGCUUCCAUGGGUAUAUGCUCCAAUUAACUAGUAAAUUCAAGGUUUAUCUAUCUCAAUUAACCUUAAAAGUCAAACUUAUUCCUGUGGAAAAGUUUGCGUGCAAACUAUUCUGGUUUCCCAUACAAGAAAGUUCAAUUUCGGGAAAGCCACAAAUGAAACAUUACUCACUUCCGAACACCAGAGAAGCACUGACUAGCAAGAUGUGCCAUUUUUCCAGCUGCCAACCUUCGAUGUGCCAUCGAGAAAGCUUUCAGUGCUUCAAUGGGUAUGCUCUGAUGAACUGGUAAUUUCAAUGUUUACAUCUAUCUCAAACAACCUUAAAAGUCAAACUUACUCCAGAGAUACAGUUUGCAUGCAAACUAUUCUGGUUUACAAUACUAGAAACUACAAUUUCAGGAAAGCCACAAAUGAAACAUUACUCACUUUUAACAACAGAUAAGCACUGAAUGGCAAGACUUAACAUUAAGAAAGCCUUCAGUGCUUUAAUCAGGACUACUUAGGAUUUCAAUUUGCGUCUUUUAGACGAAAGAUCGAGCGCUUUUUCUCCUUGAUGGACGAUAACACUUGGGAAACAAUAAUAUCCCUUCUUGUCGCGAUUUUAGCGGUUGGAACAAGCGACAACAGAGAAAAAAUUGACCAUUUUUACGUCAGCCCUUCGGUUCUUAUGUUUUCCGCGAGAGGUUGACCUUCAAGAUGGCCGUCAAUGCGUUUCUAUGGAAACGUGACGUCAUGCGGGAAACAUUCGGGCCGACUGAAUUCGGUUAUUAUUAUGUAAAACCCUGCAGAGUCUAAAAUUAGUGCAUAUAAUCUAAACACUUCAGCUUUGUUAAAAGCUUGGACACAAAUUCCUAACCUACCUGAAAAUCCUAAUACGUUUUGGUCGACAUAUAUAAAAUGGUCGUUGUGGCUGGAUUUAUACGGUGAUCCCAUUAGACAUGCUGUAUGCGCCUCAUCAUCAAACAUUACUAUUUCUAACCGAAAUCAAUUCUUGCAGGAAAAAUGAAGAUUUUGCGGCACAGAUAAAUUAAAAAGUCGUUUUCUUAACUUAACAGUGAAGGGCUUCGUUGAAGGUACCUAUUGCACUGUUUUGCGUGAGAGACACAAGGUUUUUUCAAGGGGAGAAUUACUUUUUUCGAUGUGAAAACGGUUUAAUACUUUUUAUAACCAAUCAAACAUUGGAGCCUGAAAAUACAUUUGAAGAUCACAAGAAGCGACAGUAAAGGUUGCUGCGGCCUUAAAAGCUUUUAAGUGAUAUCUAGCAGUUUGUCUACAUCGCCUAUUUAUCUGAUUCACCACAUUUAAUGAGUGAUGUGGGAAUUCAGAAUUAAUUUUAAAAUUUUGUCAUAGCCUUGUCAAAAUUAAUUCCACUGUACACUACCAACAGCUCAUUAGAAAUUUCGAAAGCCCAAGGGUGAAUUGACUAAUUCCAAAUUGUAUUCGGGCUCUCGGCCUUUGCGGGAAAACGAUUAUUUCGGACUUAAGAGCAUUCUAGCCCGUCACUUGUCAGAUUUUAACAAACCGCAGAAGCUUUUUCCAUAUUUAUAUAUAUUCUAGAAGAUACUAUGUGAUAAGUUUUAAGAGUAAACACGCGGCUGUUCCCGAUAAAUUGCGUCGGCAAUUGACGCACAAUUUUUCUCACUAAAUCUCCCUUUUUGGGAAAGUUACGUUUCAACGAUUUUAAUCUUUUCUAAAGCAUCGCGUUUGUGUAAGUUUCUCAUGUACAUUACACCUCACGAUCAAUGCUAUGAAGAGAAGCAAAUUGUUACUGUUUGCUUUAAAUUGAUCGCUCACUAAUUAAUAUUUCAAACAAGCUUAUUCUGAAGAACGCAAAUCAUUUUUCUUCUUCAGUACUUUAUCUAACAUCAUUAAAAAAAUUUCCUUUUUCAAAGUACGAGACUUCUUUUGGCGUCUACUAACUUGCGUUGUUUGGAUAAUUGAUGUUACACAAAUCGUCUUGUUUUUGGCAUUUCAAAUCGUAAUGCAUUCCCUCGAAGCAUUGAGGCCAGAGGUUUCUAUAUCUAUGCAUGCAGAAUGCUAAGAUUAACAGAGCGUUCUUGCAUACAUAGAUACCGAAUUGUGGCGGCGACAUUACAGCCGAUACUAUUCAGGAAUCUAUACGUGCGUGAAUCGAGGGCUGAAGGGCUCAGCUUUUUAUCAAUGAGAUUCUAACUGCCGUCUUCUACCAUGGAAACGAAGCGAUUUUCUUUUUAUCUUUUAAAUUGCUGCGCUAUUUGCGAAUUACACAUCGGAAACUUGAAACAAAUGAAAGACAAAAUGCAUAUUCAUUCGUCUGCCAGUAUUACUGAUGAAAUGCUCGAUCAGUAGAUGAUUAGUCUUACUAUUGUCCUAUCUCCAUUGGGAGUAUUUUGAGAGAAAAACAAGCGCUGCUCUCUGACCAGCCUAGAAAGGAAAAAAGAAGACUUGAUAAAAAAGAAAUUUGAAAAUCUAAAGCAUUUUCCAUGGCUUCUAACACAUCACAAAAUGACACCCUCUUGCCAUCUGGUGGGGGAACCCAAAUCCCGACGCGCGACAUUCAGAUUGGAGUCACAGUACUCGCAGUCACUGUUUUUAUCCUGGCAGCAAUCGGUAACUCGCUGGUGAUCUACAUCGUAUGUACAGUCAACCAGAUGAAGAGCUCCACAAACACUCUCAUUGCCAACAUGGCUCUUGCAGAUCUUCUCAUGACCAUUGACAUUCCUUACAUACUCAAAUGGGUGUACGUGUGGAAUGGCUGGUUCGGUACUUUCAUGGGCCCCGCCCUGUGCAAGUUCUUUCACUCAGCUCAAGUUGGUUCCCUGGCUGCAUCAGUGUUAAGUUUGGUGGCGAUUUCUUUAGAUCGCAGUUUCGCUAUUUUGUUCCCAAUGAGGACAAUAAUGACUAAGAACGUUGUGCGUUUUGCAAUAACUGCGAUUUGGCUCGGCGCACUGGGUUUGUCUAUUCCAAUAAUGCUAGUUGUCAAGAACAUCAGAGAUGAAGGAACGGGAAAUAUGAUCUGCGACGAGGAUUGGCCACCCACAUCACAUAAAACGUACACAGGGUUUUUAAUCACAACCUCCUACCUUAUUCCAAUAUCGAUUAUCGCGAUAGUUUACUUCUUAGCGGGGAUGCGCCUUUGGAGCAGGAAACUCCCUGGUCAUCGCACAUUAAUGUCGCACAAGAAAGCCCAAGCGUCCAGCAGACGUGCCACAGUUAUGCUAAUAACAGUGGUCAUUGUUUUUGCUCUUUCAUGGUUUCCAUUUCAAGCCUUGGAAAUCAUAAGGUUUAUCAAUCCUGAAAUACUAACGAAAUUUACAGUUCCAAUGGCAGUUUGGUAUGUCAUUCCCUGGUUUGGUUACUGUAACAGUGCCGUCAAUCCAAUUAUUUAUGUGAUCUUCUCGGAGAAUUACCGUCACGAAUUUUAUCGAAUCCUCUGCAGGGGACCAAGCCGAAAAGAGCGUUACAAGAACACUAUUGUAUACAGCCGAAGCACCACUCGCAUGACACGCUUAUCAAGAGGUAGCUCAUUGGCUGUCAGUAUUCCUCUUCAGAAGCUUAGAGAAGAAGCUGACCAUACAAGAGGAAGUCCGGAGACGCCGUGAGUCCAGUCCAAGCUACUUAAAAUCGAUCUUUUGCAAAAAGUCCUCCUGAAUUGGGGAGAAAAACACUACAAUUAAUCAAAUAUUUCUGAGCUGUUAUGCUUGUUUUUGCCUUAUCUUAAUGUUGCUUGAUGUUAUUCUCAGGAAGAAUUUUUCAAUCAAAACGACUCUCUUGUCUUUUCCUAACUGCUUUCGUUUUACUGUUUGGCCGGGUUUCGUUCCAUUUCCUUUUCUUUUCAGAUUUCUCUAACUGAAUCAACACAAGUUGAUACAUUCAAAGAGCACGUUUUGCAUCAAUCUUCUCUAAUUUUAAUUUUACAAUUUUUGUUUAAUAUUUUCUCCAUAAAAUUUAUAAGUUGAGAGUUGCACAGUUUCUUUCAACUACAACCCGUUUUAGUUAGAAAAAAUCAGCGAUUUCAACUGUGAUAAGAUUGUGGUAUAACUGUACCUAACUCAUGUUUUGCAGUAUUUAACCCGCCGGGACUCGUGCUCGUAGCACUUGUAAUCAUCAACAGUCGCUGACUCUCAUGGGAAAUUAAGAGACUUAUCUCAGCAUCAGAUGUGCACAAAAAGAUAAUUUUGCGAGAUGAUCUCUAAGAAAUGAUUCGAGAAAGUUGGAAAAUACACUCAUGUAAUUACAAUAGAGGUAAAGACAAAACAAUUCCUAUCAAUAAAAAAUAUUUCAAUCAGUUUGGACGAUACCUGGAGUCAUUCCUACGGAGAAACGGAACGGAACGAAGACAAAGGUUCCGAAAAUCUGUCCGAAGAAGGCUCAAAUGUACAAAGGUGGCGGGCAAGGAAACUGUUAUAGUGCCUUUGUACCUUUAUUAUGAUCUUCGAAACAUUUCAUGUUGUGAACUGUCAAUAAACGAAAGCCAGUGACUCUAGAUAUUAGACUCGAACUAGAUACUUCCACUAAGAAGGCAAGUUAAUAAAGAGUUCUUUGCAAUCUCAUG